CGCUUAUCCUAUUGAAUAUCAUUGAACGUCUCUCUUAAGAAAAGUGACAUAGGAUGCCGCAGAAUAUCUACGAUCAAGAUGAUUUUUUCGAGAGAUAUAUCACCUUGGACCGUCAAGUUAAAGGGCUCAUAGGUGCCCGAGAAUGGCCUCAACUGAGAGCAUUGCUUCCAGAUCUCAAUGGUCUCGAUAUACUGGAUUUAGGUUGCGGGUUUGGCUGGUUUUCUCGGUUUGCAAGAGAAAACAGUGCAGCGUCUGUCCGCGCGAUCGACUUCUCUCAAAAUAUGUUGGAUAGAGCACGGGUGAUGACCGAUGAUGAAAAGGUCACGUAUGAGAGGGCUGAUCUCGAUGAACUAAUAUUGCCGGAAAACCAAUAUGACCUCGUUUUUAGUUCUCUUGCCUUCCAUUAUCUCGUUCACUUACCGAAUUUAAUCAAGGAGAUAAGCAAGAGUUUGAAACCGUCAGGUCGGCUCGUUUUCUCUAUUGAGCAUCCAAUAUACACCGCGCCGUCGAAUCCUGCCUUCCUGGUGGAUGACGAGAGAAAGAAAAAGAUCUGGCCACUGGAUGAUUACCGGAAAGAAGGAUCAAGAACGACUAAGUGGUUUGUAGAUGGUGUCCAGAAACAGCAUCGAACAAUCGGCUCUUAUAUCAAUAUUGUGUUAAGCAGUGGCCUUCAGCUUACAGACUUUAUUGAAUGGCUUCCAACGGAAGAAGAACUAAAGGUAUAUCCAGCUUCGGAAGAUGAUGGAAUAAGACCAAAAUUCCUGUUGGUCGGGGCGAUGAAAUGUUGAAUGUUCAAGGUCAAAGUUAUGGCUGCCUGGAGUACGAAGCCCAGGAAAGUUUAUUGAUAACUUUGGAACCGUAAACUGCAUAUAUAGGAUAUGUACCUACAUAUGCAUUAUUGAUGAUAUAUGCAGCUAAAGACUACAGCUCAUAUUAAUCUCGUACUGAGGCAGAUAGAUCUUCAAG